AAUCGGGUCCCGCUUUUUGAUCGGCCAAUCGAUCGGAUCUCACUACGUCUGUACACGCUCAUUUUCUGGCUGGUAACGACUUUUAAAUGGUCAGUUCGGCGGCAACUUUCACCCGUAAAACAUGUUCAUACUAAUUAAAUACGGAGCUAAUGAGACUUUACUCUGUAAUCCGACCUGCGCGGUCGUUAAUUUACUAAACAGUAUUAAGAGAAGAUCUGGACAUGCUGAUUUAACUAUUGACGUUGCCGACGAGACUGGUUUAGUCAAGGAGUUAGACGCUCACAAAUACGAUUACGCGUACAAGCAUUUAGGAACCGAGGGAACGUACGUUCUUAUGGAAAAACAAAUGGUUUUCGUCGAUGAACAUCCCCAGUGCGCUUAUGUUCCAUUAUUGGAUGAGCCUACAAAAAUAUUCCCUUCAUUUAAUGUUCGUGUGCCAAAUAUGGAAAAGAAGAAGAAGAAGCCUACAACUAAGAGUCCAUCACCGGCUGGGAUGAAAGGAAUCAGAAGUAAAAAAGGUCUAACAACAGGAGGAACAAGUCGAGCUCCGUCAAGAAAAAGAUGA